AUUGGAAUAAGUCAAAUGUCUAAUUAUAAUAAUGAAGAAAUAAAUCAUCUUCAUAAUUAUUCUGGACGACAUAAUCCACAUCCUCAAAGAGUAACAUAUUUUACUGGUUUUCUUGGUUUACCUGUACGUGUUGUAAAUGAUCCAAUUUUAACAGAUGACAAUAAUUUAUUAACUCAACGUAAUAAUAAUAAUUUCUCUUUGAAUUUAAGAAAACAUACUAACUUACCAAUUGGAUUAUCACCAAGUUAUUAUACAGAUUACAUAAUAAAUAAUUCAUUAAAAUUAAAUUUAAAAAAUAAUAAUAUUUCUAAUGAUACAUUAAAUAAAUCAUGGAAAUCAAAUUAUUGUUUACAUCAUGUUCCUGUUGGUAUACUUCCUAUAUCAUUAACAUGUAGAAAAAUUCCUCAAUUAGAUACGAUUAAUGGAUUGAAAUAUUUUACAGGUUUAAGAAAUUAUUCUGUACGUGAACGUCCACCAAUUAUUGGUUCAUUAAUUGAAUCUCAAUUGAAUUAUUUAAAAGAAUUAAAACAAUCAGAAGAAUAUAUAAAUGAAAAACAAAAUAUAAAUUUAUUAAAUAAAGAAUUAUUAGAACGUCGAAUAAAAUGGCAAAGUGAAUUAGGUUAUAUUACUGGUAGUAUUUUAAGUCAAUUACAGAUUCCAAUCCAGGCAGAUGACAUCAGCUAUGAUCAACAUUCUGAUCGUUUCAAUAAUUCCUUAAAUAGAAAUAACUCUUUUUAUCUACCUUCUAGCGUAGAUGAAAAGAUUCCGUUUAAAAUGAACAAUCAAAUUUCAGAAAAGAUGAACAAAAAUCAAAACGUAUCACAUGAACCUCUUUACUCAAGUAAAACAGGCCGUUUAUUGCCUCCAACUAACGACAGUAGAUACACGCGUACACGAAAUCAAUCAUCUAGUUGCGAACGACGUCAAUAUCUAAGAAAUGCAACUUCAGUUAGUGAAAUAUUUCGUAAUUAUGAAAUGCAAAUAUUUGCUAUGAUAUGCAGUAUUCUUCAAACAAACGAUAUGAAUGCAGUACAACAUUGGUUAGAAAAUGCAACAGAUAGGUAAGUAUUAGAAAUAUAACACCAAAUGUCG